UCAGUGCAGAUCUGCUCUGCAAGUGAGCAGAGUGUGUUGAUUGGAUAAAGAGUGUGAGCAGCCUUUUAAAAUAGAUUAGAUGAAGUCUGUAGAUGGACCUUUGAGCUUGGCUUCUUUGGCUGAUCCAGAAUGCUAAGAAGAGGAUGAGUCCUCCAGGUCAUCUGAGACAUCUACGUGUCUUUGCUGCUGUCCCUCCCCGACAGCCCUCUUGUCCCACCGGGGCACCAUCUGCCUCACCAAGUUCCCCCCCUUGCCCCUGUCCGGGUCCCUCCCCAAUACCCUGCCCCCAAUAGUGGCCAUCCCAGAAGGGAGGAAAGGCGAGCCAGCCCCUGUAAAUAUGCCUGGAUGGAGGUCUCAGUGGCGUCUCGUCCUGCUGAACUCCCUGACCUGUGGCCUGGAGAUCUGUGUGGCAGCUGGGAUCACAUACGUGCCCCCACUGCUGCUGGAGGCUGGAGUGGAGGAGCGCUACAUGACCAUGGUACUAGGUAUUGGUCCAGUGCUUGGCCUCCUGUUCAUACCUCUGAUUGGCUCAGCCAGUGACCAUUGCAACAGCAGUUACGGCAGACGACGGCCUUUCAUCUGGCUGCUGUCUUUAGGAGUUCUGAUAGCUCUCUUCAUCAUUCCCCAUGCCGACGUCCUGGCUGCACGCCUCGCCUGGGGCGGGCAGACCCUCCAGGUGGGCUUCCUUAUCUUUGGGGUUGGACUCCUUGACUUUUGUGGACAAGUGUGCUUCACUCCGCUGGAGGCUCUUCUGUCGGACCUCUAUCGGGACGAGGAGGACUGCAGUCAAGCCUUCGCCAUGUUCUCCUUCAUGGUCAGCUUGGGAGGCUGUGUGGGCUAUUUGCUGCCAGCUCUGGACUGGAGCAGUGGGCUGCUGUCUCUUUACCUAGGAGGCCAGGCAGAGUGCCUCUUCUCCCUCCUCAUCUUCAUCUUCGUCUCCAGCGUGCUCAUCACCAUGAAGGUGUCUGAGGAACCCGCCAGCAGUGGCUUGGUGGGAUCUGGAUCUUUACUGGAGUCUGGAGCGGGGGUCAUAGACCCCGGCCGGUGCGGCGUGCCGCGCUCAUGCUGCUACCUGCUGAAGUGCAAGCUGAGGCUGCUGAAGUUUGGACCUUUGCUGUGCCUGCUGAGGACGUGUUGGUCCAUGACGCCAGCCAUCUACAGGAGCUACUGCCAUGUCCCGCGAGUGAUGAGGCAGCUGUGUGUGGCUCAACUCUGCAGCUGGAUGGCUGUCAUGUCCUUUAUGCUUUUUUACACAGACUUUGUGGGGGAAGGCCUUUAUGAGGGCGUGCCCAGUGCAUUACCAGGAAGUGCGCCCAAGCAAAGAUACAAUGAAGGUAUCCGUAUGGGCAGCCUGGGCCUGUUCCUGCAGUGUGCUACCUCAACCUUCUUCUCCUUGGUCAUGAGUCGUUUGGUUCGCCAUGUCGGCUCGCGGUGGGUCUACAUGAGCAGCAUGGUGAGCUUCACAGUCUCCGCUCUGGUCAUCUGCCUGUCCAAAAGUGUGGUCUUGGUCACUAUAAUGGCGGCCCUCACUGGCUAUGCGUACGCCACACUGCAGACUCUGCCCUACACACUCACCUGCCACUACCACAAGGAGAAAGAUAUCUAUAUGCCAAAAAGGAAAACUAAAAGCAUGCAUAAAAAUGGCAUUGCAACCAAUCGGGAUUCUGUGUAUUUGACUCCUGUGGAAGAGGAGGCUGGAGUGAACCACAAAUCCAAACAACCUUACGGGCAUGCCUUCUUCAACCAGGACAGUUAUGAGUACUACCCCAGUCCACACGGCCAGAACGGCUCGUCUCACAGCCCCGGGGGCGCUGACCAGGAGGAGGCCGAGUCAGGGUAUGAGAAACGUGGUGUGGGUUUGGACUUUGCCAUCUUAGACAGCACCUUCCUCCUCUCUCAGGUCUUCCCCACCCUCUUCAUGGGCAUGAUCGUUCAGUUCUCACAGUCCGUCACUGCCUAUGUCGCCUGUUCUGCUAUCUUUGGUGCCAUCGCCAUCUACCUGGCCAGUCAAAUCAUCUUUGACCAAAAGGACCUCAAAAGCUAAGACUUGGAUGCAAAAGAUGUGGGAGUCCACUGAAUCACAAAUAAUCAAUCAAUCAUUCAGGUUCCGUGUGCGGAACUCAACAAUGCACUACUGUUCCCAGAAUGCCUUGCUCUAGUACCGCCUGUUUGUUUUUAGGAAAGCUCUGCAGGGGGAAGAGUGUGUUGGGUUACAAGAGAAAGCAGUUAACAAAAGAAAAUGUUACACAAGACAUGUUGUCUGCCAAUCAUGUUUCUGAGUUGGAGCAGGUAUUGUUACCUGUGUUACUCUCUAUACUGAAUGCAAUUGAAUUCUAUAGAAAUCUCUCUAAAAAAUACUUUUUUUGUUGUUUUUUUCUGUCCGAUCGUGUUUUCUCUCAGGUACCAUGAACAGAUUUACUGUAGAACUCAUCCACCUCAGAUGUACACCUUUUUAACCUUUUAAUCUUUUUAAUGGUCUUAUCCUGAGCUAUCCACUAUUUUUAAAACUACAGACUGUUUUGUACUCAAAACAACAUGUUAAACACAUUGUUGGCUUAUACAUCUGCAGCAUCAUGAAGCCAAUCUGGAUGCUGGUUAUCAUUUUAAUGAGACAGCAGAAUGGACAAACUAAUGCAUUGUUUUUACCUAUUCAGAAAUUAGAAUUACAAAUAGGACCAUUUGUCUAUCCAGGAUAAAAUAAAAACACUUAAGGGGUCCCCCAGUGAUUAAGCAUUGCCAACAUUUCCCAUAAUGCAACCCUAUAUAACCUUUCCCUUUCCUGUUGUUAUAUACAUCAUCAUUUAAACCCCAUGUCCUCACUUUGUAAUGCAGUUUUUCUUUUGACUGUUUGAUAUUUUAAGGCUAACACAAGAUAACCCUGAUGACAUCACUAUGGGAUUCAUGGUUAUUUUCUCAAACUUGACAAAGCUCCUUCAGAGCCACAAAUUACAUCAUACAACAGUUUCCACAUGCUGGCUAGUCAGGCCGUCCUCACCCAGAACAAAACGCUGUGUAGCCGCCUGUUACAUCCAAUAUUUACGCUUAUUGUGGCGUCAAACUCUUGUGACCACAGUAAUUAUAACGAGAGCAGAAGAGGAUGUUUUACACAGUGCCCAACUUUUUUUGAAUCCAAGUAUAAAGAAGGACAAAAUCCACAUAGGAAGUGGAUGAAUGGGUCAAAUAAACACACAACUCUUACCCAGGAGACUGGUGGUUUCCCAUGUGAAACCAAAAGUUGACGUUGAGUUGUUUUUACUCAUGUAGGCAACUACGUAACAGAACUAGGUCAUCAACUCACUUUAAAUCCGUUUCUCAACCAAGUAGUUUAGUACUUAAACCUAACCAAGCACUUCCAGUUUACAACCUUAACCAUGUUUCAACCACUUCAUUGGAGUACCAGUUGGCAAAGUCGUACUCUCCAUCACAAGUUACCUGACCUUUAUGUGUACCCCGUUAGAGAUUAAGCUGCAUCUAUUAAUUACUGAAGAGUUUACUGUAAAUAUUUGUAUACAAAUUUACUGUAUAUCCCUAUGGGAAUUAUGUUAUGCAACCUGUUGAGGUGAGGUUUUGGACUGUGGUGGUUUAAGAAUGAAGCCGUUUACAGAAACUGGAAAUGUUGCAUCAAGCGUCUACAGUCUUGAUCAACAGGAAAUAGCUCGUCUAGUGGACAGCUUAUCCUGUCCAUCUUCGCUUCUGAUCAGGACAGUUGUCUCAGGUUAGUACAUUGUUCCAUCCUGUCCUUAUGACACUGAUAAAACUCUUUCCUUGCUGCCUAAACCUCCAUGUUUUACUGUACUCUCAAAUGACAAUCUAGGACACCCAGCUAGGCUUGUUACAUAAUGCUCUAUGUAAACAUUCAGGUGGAUGUCUGAUGGAAGCUCACUUCAUAGCACCCAUUCCUGAAAGACCAAAAAAAAAAAGUAGUGCAGUAAAUGGAAAUAUUUGGUUACUGAAAAUGAUGCGAGAGUAGUUGCUGUAUAUUGAUGGGCUGAAGGCCAAACAGUGUGUGCAUGCGUGUGUGAGUGUGAACAUAAUAUGGAGGACAGACAGUCAGAAAGCUUGAGUAAUAUUUAAGUGUGAGGCUAAUGAAAAGUGAUAUGACUCGAGUGUGUGCAGUUUCUUCACAGCGGUUAUAAUAAACCGGACUGCCUUGCCCACAUGAUGCUGUAUGUUACGAUGUAUUGCGGCCUUCAGUCGGUGUAAACGCCAAAACAAUGCUUGUUUUCACCACAUGUAAGUGAGUUUGUUUGAGUGUUUUGUAUCCAGGUUGUCUGAUCCUCCAGAGGGAGGUAAUGAAUUAGGUUCAACAGAAACAAAUGGUCCUGGAGGAUCUUAUUGCCUGAGGAGCACUCAGCAUGGGAAAAGUAAAAAACGUCAGAGAGUUUGUUUGUUUGUCAUGUUGACGCCACUGCAGAGAAACACUCCAGCAACUGAAUUAUCCUUUUCACCCUGAAAUGCACAGGAAAAUAUUGUCUAGCAGUAGCCGAGGUUGUUUUACAAGUGCCUGUACAUUUUCCAAACAUUUUUGUACAUAUGUAUUUAUUUAUUAUGUUUUUAUUACAAAAUAGCACGUAUAAAAAUAUUGGCCUCUUUGGCAUCUUUCAGAGGUGCAAUGGGGAAGGCUGUCUCUGUGAAAAAGAUAAAUUAUUUGUAUAGAUUUGGUAUAGAAGCAUCAUCAAACUAUAAUUUAUUUUAUCAUAACCCACUUUGUCCUGUAGCUUUGAUAACAUCACAGAGCAUAUUGUAGAUGAAGUCCUCCCUGUGGUCAUUAUUAAUAACAGAAAAAAGAAAAAAAGCAUUUUCCAGUCACAGAACUGAGAUUCUUUGUGUUUUGUUUGUUUGUUUUUACUGGUGCAAAUAGGGAAACUUCAUCAUUUUGUCAAUAUGGCUUUAUCUGCAUCUAAUGUAACCACUUGUUUGUUCUUAUCUGAGAUCUGUGUUAUUGUUAAAGCUAACAGAAACAAUCCAGAUAUCUUUAACUGUUCGGGUGGAGUUGUUUUCAGUCCCUGCUGCGCUCAACCAAAUGUUCUGUUUUAUUUCUGACAAAAAAAAGUGCCAAUGGUCUGACUGUUGUGGCCAGAAGUCAUUGUGUUUUGAUGUGCUGAUCUGUUUUUUUUUUUUUGUUUGUUUUGUUUUAAUAAUGUUAUGUCAUUUUAGUCACCUGUGUUAUUGUCAUAAAUGCAUUCAGCCAUAACAAAAAUCUGUAAUUCAAUUUCAUUUGACAUCCAUCAGAUUGUGUAUAAAUAUGCAGUUACCAAAUAGAUUUUAUACAAAAUAAAAGAACUGCAUUGUUAAUGA